AACAGGAAACUCCACAUGAACUCUUCUCCUUUUUGUUUCUCCUAUCUUGUAAAUAAUUUCUGUUGAGGAGUUGUUUUUUCCCAUCCCUGCCCACAAAAGAUGCAAGAUGUUCCACAGUAAAAUGAACAUGAAAAUUCUCGUCCUUCUGUCUGGUUCUUUGAUGGCUUCAAGUCUAUUUCCUGCUCCACUUAUUUUGCUAGGCACUGUUUCGGAUUGCCCCAUUGAAGGAGAAUCUGUCGAUAUAGCUUGUUAUGCACCCGGGGCUUUUAUGGAUGCUUGGUUCUCUCUGUUCAAGGAUGACCAGACUCGGGCAGUGCAGACUCUGCCUGCUGCAGAGACCCACCACCAUGUUAUUUUCAUUCUGAAGAACAUCACUACCAGAGAUAAAGGACAGUACAGGUGCCAAUAUGGUCUGUUCAAUAGAAGUGAAUUCAAGUUGUCUCAGUUUAGCCAAAUCCUACAGAUUCCUGUGGGGGAGUGUGCCUUCACCACUUCUUCACCAAAAGAUCUCCCAAGGUCAAAAGAGCCUACCUUCACCACUUCUUUGCCAACAGAUCUCCCAAGGUCAAAAGAUUCCAUUUCUUGGGUGGUCCCCACUGCCGUGAGUGUGGCUGGAGUCCUGCUUCUGGUUUUGACCCUAGUGGUGGCCAUGGUAGCAACUGGACGCUUAAAAGAGAGAAGACAGAAGAAAAGGGAGAUGGAUUCCUGCUGGACAGAAACAAGCUACCCUACAACAGAGAUAUCCUUUGAUAACUGCAUGUUCACUGUUUCAAUGAAACCAGACAAAGAAGCUGUAGAGAACCAAAGCACCUGGAUCUCCUUAGCCAUGGCUGCAAGGCUUUCAUCUAGCAGUUCCGUGGAAAAGCCAGCCUUCUGUACCUUCAGAAUUCCAGAAUGACAUCCUGGUACCUCUACAUCAACACCCGACACAUCAUUCCUACCGCACCAAGGGAAGCAAGGCUCAUUGGAUGUUCCUGCCAGAUGCUCUUUCUUCAUGGCGUUAUCAUCUCUCAUCUAUUUAUGUAUUGCCUGUUAUCACCACCAAUUAUAUAUACUGAACUUGAGUCAUACAUGCUGAAUGUGGGUCACUUUGUUUCAUACUUCUGAGACGUCUCCCAGGAAUCUUGGUUGGGAUAAGUAAGAAACCACAAGAAUGAAGAUGGAUUCAAGAAUUACCGUACUCCGUUCUGGAACUAUAAAGAUAGGAAGGAAGGAGGAGUGCAAUCCUCAUAAGUGACACUAUUGUCUACAUUUCAAAGUAUACUAAAAGUACUCUUUUUUUGCCUUUAUGCCCUGAAAGCAAGCAACUAUUUUAAUUACAUAAUGUUUAACACUUUUCUUUAAAGGCCAUCAACCCAAUUGUCUACACUACGUUACCAAGUAACGGGAAAUUCAGACUAGGUUUGCUGGACUGAAAGCUGAAAAGAAUUUGGUAGCAGUCUGAAGAUGAACAAAUACCUCUCUUAAAGUGCCAAAAGGCUAUCAGAUACAAGCUGUUCCUCAGUUGACAGACACACAUGUACAAUGAAAAAAAAACAGAUAAACACUGGGGCUAAAAACAACAAAAUACCAAACUGCCACGGGAAAACACUGUGAAUACAUAAAACUGCUGUGCUGCAAUUCAUGAGCAAAUCCAGAUUCCAGUCCCGUUAAAGCAGACUGAGAGCAUGUUCA